UGCACACCCCGCCCCCACUCACACACAGACACUAUAAGCACAUUGACACAUGUCUUGAUGUAUUGCCAGUUUGCCUUUCUGUUUCAGACUAGUUUUUCAAGCUCAUUAUCUUGGCAUCUCUCUGUCAUUCCCUCUGUGGAAAGAACAUGUCCACUCUAAAGGAGCUGUGUGCAGGCUUGCCCCUGGAUCCACUUCCCCCAAACAGAGGCAGAGACCCCAGCGUCCCACAUGCCCCCAUCCGGACACCCAAUCUUUCACAACAGGAAGAGAGGCUGGCACUGAGGAAUGCUCUGCGCUACUUCCCCCCUUCCCUCCACUCCACCCUGGCCUCUGAGUUUGCCCAGGAGCUGCGUCAGUAUGGGCACAUCUACAUGUACCGCUUCUGCCCUCCUAUCCGCGUGAGGGCAUAUCCCAUAGAUCAGUAUCCCUGCCGCACACGCCAGGCAGCGGCCAUCAUACACAUGAUCAUGAACAACCUGGACCCUGCUGUAGCACAGUUUCCUCAAGAACUGGUGACCUACGGUGGAAACGGACAAGUGUUCAGCAACUGGGCCCAGUUCUGGCUGGAGUUGCACUACCUCAGUGAGAUGUCAGAGGAGCAGACGCUGGUCAUGUACAGUGGACACCCCCUUGGCCUCUUCCCCAGUCUCCCCUCCUCCCCUCGCCUGGUCAUCACCAAUGGCAUGGUCAUUCCAAAUUACUCCUCCAGAGCAGACUAUGAAAAGAACUUUGCUAUGGGAGUUACAAUGUAUGGACAGAUGACAGCAGGAAGCUACUGCUACAUUGGACCACAGGGAAUCGUGCACGGAACCUUGCUGACGGUGCUGAACGCCGGUCGGCGGUACCUGGGCACGGGGGACCUGGCUGGCCGAGUGUUUGUGACCUCUGGCCUGGGAGGAAUGAGCGGGGCUCAGGCAAAGGCUGCGGUCAUCGCUGGCUGUGUGGGGGUCAUAGCCGAGGUGGAUGAGGCCCCUUUGAAGAAGAGGCAUGAACAGGGCUGGCUUAUGGAGGUCACCGCUGAUCUGGACCAUUGCAUUCAGCGAAUCCGAGACUCAAAGAAAUCCAAGAUGGCCCUCAGUUUGGGUUACCAUGGCAACAUUGUGGAUCUCUGGGAGAGACUUGUGACUGAAUAUGAGUCUACAGGGGAGCUACUAGUGGAUCUGGGCUCGGACCAGACCUCCCUCCAUAACCCCUUCAGCGGGGGGUACUACCCAGCCGACCUCAGCCUGCGCCAAGCCAACCAGCUCAUGGCCACUGACCCCACCCGCUUCCGUGCUGCUGUCCAGGAGAGCCUCUGUAGGCAGGUUAAAGCUAUCAACAAGCUGGCUGAAGCAGGGAUGUUCUUCUGGGACUAUGGCAACGCCUUCCUCCUGGAGGCCCAAAGAGCAGGUGCGGAGGUGGAGAAGAGUGGAGCUGGGAAGACAGAGUUCAGAUACCCUUCCUAUGUUCAGCACAUCAUGGGGGAUAUCUUCUCCCUUGGCUUUGGGCCCUUCCGUUGGGUCUGUACGUCCGCUGACCCCCGUGACCUGGCACAGACUGAUGACAUCGCUGCCGCCGUACUGGAGGACAUCAGUGCCUCAGGUGAGGAACGCGUGAAACAGCAGUACAAUGACAACAUCCGCUGGAUCCACCAAGCAGGGAAACACAAUAUGGUGGUUGGCUCCCAGGCACGAAUUCUCUACUCAGACCAGAAAGGACGAGUGUCCAUAGCCCUGGCCAUCAAUCAAGCUAUUGCUGAUGGGAGAGUCUCGGCGCCUGUGGUAAUCAGUCGAGACCAUCAUGAUGUCAGUGGCACCGACAGCCCCUUUAGAGAGACCUCCAAUGUGUACGACGGCUCGGCCUUCUGUGCUGACAUGGCAGUGCAGAAUUUUGUGGGCGAUGCCUUCCGUGGGGCCACCUGGGUAUCGCUUCACAAUGGAGGAGGAGUGGGCUGGGGUGAGGUUAUAAAUGGAGGGUUUGGGCUAGUCCUGGAUGGGUCAGAGGAAGCGGGUCGGCGUGCUAGCAUGAUGCUCAACUGGGAUGUGUCCAAUGGGGUGGCACGGCGGUGCUGGUCUGGGAAUGCCAAUGCCUAUGACACCAUCCAGCGCACAAUGGAGGAGCACAGCCAUCUGCGGGUCACCAUGCCUUUCCCCGUGCAGGACGAGCAUGUGCUGGACCGGGCCCUGCAGGGCUAAACCACAGCUUCUGAACACUCACUCACCUGCUCCAUAUACAGUACACAGCAUAGGAUUUCCACAGAAGUCAGAACAUUACAAUUAUAUGCACCUUCUGAAAAUUAAUUUAUGAAUGACUUUUCCUGACAGUUCCUUAGGACACCGUCUACGCUGCAAUGUUCUGUACUAUAGUAUAGUAUUUGAAAUACCUGCACCUUCCAGAAGUCGUCCUGUAGUUAAAUAGCAGAGAGCAUGGUUGGAAUGCAAAAGUUGAGUAUCUGGUGGGUCAGUAAAUUCUAUUGACCAAAGGCCUUUCUCACCUUAGUGCUUGUGCGGAGUUGAAGUCUACAUUACACAUCAACAUUUGAUAUGUUGUGCUUGGGUUCCAAUGAACACGAUAGUCUUGGGCAACACUGUGUUAAUUCUAUGAUGUUUGGUUUUAUACCAUAUUAUUUAUCAACUCAUUUCACAUGUAGUUUUGGAGUAAAGCCUUUGUACAUAUUGAUCUUAAAGUUUAACAAACAAAUUAUAUUCACCCUGCAAUCAAA